GAGAAUCGCAGUUAUUUCGGAUAUCCCGCUUCAUCCGCGUCAAGCAGCAUCCGCAUUCAUCUAGAUCUACGUUUUGGGCUUCUAGAGAAGAAGAAUAUUCGGAUAAAUUAGAUUUUCAUUCGCGUUGAAUGGUAGAAAAGCGGGAAAAGCGUGCAUGAUGAGCUUGCUAAUUCAAAUGGCUCUGCCAGCGCUCGUCCUGGUCCUGUUUGCGGCCUCUGGACGGGGCCAGGAGAUGCAGCGAGGAUUCGAGCAGAGGGGGUGGUCAUCAGACGGCGACUACAAACUGGUGCGCGGCCCAGAAGUUAAAAACAACAUGGGAAACCUGGACUACAAUGACAUAGAUAGCCAGACAGAAGUACCGGAUAAGGAACUUGACAUGAUCGACUCUACUGAAGAGGAAGCCACCUUUGAACCUGAAACUGAGCCAGCCAAACCUGUGGUCAAAAUUGCUGCGGAUGCAGGAAAGGGAAAUCAGAAACAACAGGAAGUCAUCACUCUUUUUUAUUACUUAGUGGCGACCCUUCUUGCUGAGUUCCUCAUACUUGCAAUUAUCAUAGUUUUGGGUGAGAGCGCGAAGAAGUUUGGCUCAAAGUCAACCGAAAUCGUGGAAGUCUAAUCGAUUCUCCUCUCUGACGAUGUUUUCGCGUUUGCUGGCACUUUGAUUUUUGAAUUGAAACUUAUUUCACACCAUUGUUGGGCCUAAGAGCUUGACCAAUUUAUUAAUUUCUACUUAUUAUGUUACGUAAGCAGUACUACAAAGUUUGGUUAUCUAUAAAUGUGAACAUAAUGCAAUUCAUAAAAUAAAUAAUCCUCAAAGCAAGAAAAUAAAUAUUCUUUUGGAAAGCAUAACCUACUGAUGAAAGACGCAUGCAACGAUAGCCAUAUUUAGUAGUAAUAUUAUUUUUGACCAUAUGUAGACUUUGGUUCUUAUAAAAAAUCGUUAUUAAGCGCCUUGUAUUCAUGGACAUGCAACUUUCUGAACAAACGUGCGAUGCAGGUUGCCUAUUUCUUCGCGAUAGAU